AUGCACUCAAGACAGCCACGCGUUCUCGCACCUCCCUUCCCACCCGAAUCCGCAAUGCAGUUCAAAGCUCUUGCUGCCCUUCUCUACAGUUCUUUAGCAUUUCGGACUGUCACCGUGCUCGGGCUAGGCGCAGCCAGGAGCCUGCCGCACACAGAUAUCACUUACCCCGACUACGACGCGAUCAUCGUCUGCAGUGGCCUGAACUGCACCGGGCUCUGCGACUCCGUCUCAAUGGGCAGUCUCAAUACGUGCUAUAACAUGUCUUCCAUCAACUACCUCGGAGAGUACAAGUCUAUCAUGGCGUACAUCUGCCCUGGCUGCAACUACACUUUCCCGAUCUACAUGGCCACUGCUGGGUGCAUGGGUGCGCCAGUGCAGCUCCAGCUGAAUGUGCGUUAUAACACUUCGUACGGCGGCGAACUCGAGUAUUAUCAGACAUAUUAUACCUCGGGUUGA